AUGAUGCUGUGGCGGGCGUACCAGAAAGCCGUGGCCACUCACCCAUGGAAGGUGAAGAUGGUCACAGCUGCAUCCCUGGUGGGGAUAGGUGACAUCAUCUCUCAGCAGCUGAUAGAGAGACGGGGUUUCAAGAAGCAUCAAGUCCACAGGACCCUGACCAUGGCUUUUAUAGGUUGUGGCUUUGUGGGCCCAGUGGUAGGUGGUUGGUACAGAGUUUUGGACCGACUCAUCCCUGGCAACACCAAGAUGGAUGUGCUGAAGAAAGUGGCAGUGGAUCAGGUGGUCUUUGCCCCGUGUUUUUUGGUGUGCUUACUUCCACUGAUUGGUACAUUUGAUGGACUGUCAGUCCAAGACAACUGGGCCAGAUUUCAACGGAAUUUCCCUGCUGCCCUUAUCUUCAACUACUAUAUAUGGCCUCCUGUGCAGUUGGUCAACUUCUACCUUAUUCCCCUUGCCUACAGAUUGUUUUUUGUGCAGUGUGUUGCUAUUAUCUGGAACACCUACCUAUCCUGGAAGAUACAUCAGUCCUGA